AUGAAGCUAGUAUCAUUUUUAAUGAAGUUGACAAAUGAAAAUGUAACGAUAGAACUAAAAAAUGGAACCCUUAUAACUGGUGUGAUAACAGGAAUAGAUAUUAAAAUGAAUACACAUAUGAAGAAUGUUAAAGUCGUUAUUAAGAAUAAAAAUAUAGGUGAAUAUAAUGUUAAAACAAAACAAUUUUUAUCCCUUGAGCAUGUAACUAUAAGGGGUAAUAAUAUAAGAUAUUUUAUUUUGUCCGAUAAUUUACCUCUGGACACACUAUUAGUUGAUGAUACACCGAAACAUAAAAUUUCGAAAGACAAAACUUUUGCAGGUAAAGAUAAAGGGAAGACAAAGGGACGGGGGCGAGGAAGGAAAAUUGCCAAAAGGUAG